GAGUUCUUCCGGAAAUAGGGUUUUCAAACCGGAAGUGUGGCAGUUUACCUCCCGAACUGCGGACAGGCACCAUGGCGGCUUACGAGCAGGUCCAAAAGGGGCCCUUGAAGCUGAAAGGCGUCGCAGAGCUCGGCGUGACCAAGCGAAAGAAGAAAAAGAAGGACAAAGACAAUGCGAAACUCCUGGAAGCGAUGGGAACGAGCAAAAAGAACGAGGAGGAGAAGCGGCGCGGUCUGGACAAGCGGACCCCGGCCCAGGCGGCCUUCGAGAAGAUGCAGGAGAAGCGGGUGAGGCGGGUGGGGAGGCUGGGAAUGCUUCGCGCCGCGGGCCUGGGCCUCCGGGGGUGGGUGCUUAGGAAGGGCCCGGAGACUCGAAACCGAGAUAGCCCCAGGACGUUCGGAGGAGGGCGAGCGGUCAGAAAUGACCUUAAUUCCGGGGAGAAGAUGCUGAGGAAGAGAGGAAGAGUCCGCGGCUGGGGGAGCUCCUGCAAUGGGAAGCCCCUCAAGACCUAGUGGACAGCACAGGGGAGAGCUAGAGAUGGCUGGCGUUGAAAGGAGCCAGAGCUGGAUAUCGGGUUUGUCGCUCCUUUUCCCUGUGACACUGGGCCAGUAAGUCAUCUUCUUUCCGUGCCGCAGUUUCUUCAUCUAUAGGGGGCAGGAUAGUACUGUUUUCCUAAGAGGAAUGGGAGCUUAGUGAUGCAGGUAAAGCAUUUGUCACUAGGUCUGGUAUAAAGUCUUCGUUCAGUUGAUGUUAGCUGUUGAUAUUAAAUGGCCAUAGUCCCUGCUGUAAGUCACCACAAACUGUUUCCAUGACGACUUUGUUGGCAGAUUCAAAUAUGUUGGGUUUGUUUUGUUUUG